CUUAUGUUUUUGGCGCCAUUUAAUUUGAGUCGGAAAAAGAAGAUAAAACAGGAUGUGAAAGUACGUUCAMAUUCCCGACAAAUUAUCGCUAUAAAACGACAUGUUUAUCCACAUAACCUUGUCGAUAAUUCAAGACGAUGUUAAAUAACAACAUGUGAAAGAUGCGCUGUGUUGUUCCUGGAAGAUCUCUAAAACUGUUCGCCAAAGCAAUUCAUUGUUUAUCAAAAAUUGGAGAAGAAUUGUACUUGGAAGCCUUGCCAGAUGGACUUGCACUCAGGACUGUCAACCUCUCAAGGUCAGCAUAUGCCUGUUUUAAGUUCCAUUCCAGCUUCUUUUUGAGCUAUGAUGAUGGUAGCAAAGACUUGACAGAUGAAUCACAAGCUGAAGAUAUGCUCAAGUGUAAAAUUGCUAUGAAGUCAUGUCUAUCAGCAUUCAAGUCAAUGAAUACUAUUGAAAAAUCAGUAGAUAGGUGCAGAAUUGAUCUCAACGUUUCCAAAGCCAGACUCGUUUUCUUACUUUUCUGCAAACAUGGAAUUACCAAAACCCACAAUCUAACAUUCCAGGAAUGUGAGACGCUUCAAGCAGUGUUCACCAAAGAUCUGUGUCCUAACUUUAUAACAACCCAGCCAAAAGUACUCAUGGACACAGUCUCUAACUUUCCAAACAACCAAGAGGAGCUAUCGUUAACAGUUACACCUGAAGUAAUUAGGUUUAAGAAUUAUACUGAUGAUGAACCAGAUCCCAAUAAAGUUAUCCAUACUCAGACCAGUCUCAGUCCAGACGAAUUUAAUAACUAUCAGAUAGGAGUAGACACUGAUGUGACAUUUUGUCUCAAAGAACUCAGGGCAAUUUUAGCUUUUGGAGAAUAUUCAGGGCAACCAAUAAACAUUCAUUUUGAAACUGGUGGAAAGCCCAUAGUGUUCAGUAUGGAUGCUGACUCCACAUAUGAAGCAGACUUUGUUCUUGCUACUCUUGUGGAUGAAUUGCCGUCAUCUUCUCAGUCCUCUCAAACAUCAACUACAGCUAAAUCAUUAACCUCCAACAAGAAGUCCUCUCAGAAUCCCAGAAUUCCAAAUGGGAAACUUAUAGCAAAUGAAUCAAAUUCUCUUGCUUCAAAACAACCCAAAACCAAUGUUAUACAUGACAAGGAGGCUGAAAAUGAUGUUGCCAGGCAACAUGGGGACCAUAAUGAUGACGACGAUGAUAUGGCUGAUGAGGAAAUGAACGAAUUGGUGAUACCAAAUCUUGAGGAGGCUGAACCAGAGGAAUUACCAUUUGGUAGUAAAAGAUAUUCCAGUGUAAGUCUUAGUAAAGCUAAGAAGGAGGGGGCAGUACGUCAAGGUCAAGAUGUUAUGGGCAUAAACAAAAAGUUAUCGAAAAUUCCUAAAACAAGCCAGGAAAAAUCAAUGAUGGGACUAAAUGUCAGUGCAAACCCUAUCCAGACUCCACCAAGCAGUAUAAAUGAUGUUUCUUUUUUAAAUAACGUGGAUAUGCCCUCAUUGGGAAAUAGCUUCUCAAGUCAAAAAAGUCCACAGUUUGGAAAAAAAAUGAUUAGUCAAUCCAAGAAGCAUCAGUCUGCUGAUGACAGCUGUGCAACGUUGGAUGAUGAUGAUUAUGACUUUGUUCCUGGUACACCACCAAGUAAAAAGUUCAAGUCUAUGUUCUUUGGAACUCAUUCAGAAAGCCAUUUGCAGGAGAUCCCCAAGGCUCCAGUUCUUGCUGCUGAUACUGAUGAUGAAGAUUCCGACUAAUUUGUCUAAGAAUCUUAUGUCAAGUGUAUACUUUAUAUCAAUGCUAUUAAUGUAUGUUGCCGAGCCUUGCUUGAAAACAAAGCAGUAAUACUCAAUCAAUGGUAUGUGAUGUAAUAUAGGACAAUAUUACAUUUUGAGGUGAAAAAGGUUAACUAGAAAAAAAAGUUAUCUAGGUUCUUGCACGAUUCUGCAUGUUUGCAGUAUUUCUUCAAAGGUUGUACUAGUUUUAUCGUAAGGUAC